GGUGCGCUCAUGAAGAAAUCUGCCUUCAAAGUCUUCUAUGGUAUGUGUAAUGAAGUAUUUUAUUAAUAGUCUCACAGAAACACAUCUUACGUGCGUGCACUCAACAUGCUGAGACAAUUUAUUAAACAUCAGACAUCCUUCCUGCAGGCACACAAGAGUACUGUCCACCCGAGGUCAGCAUGAAGGGCAGGUACCACGCAAAACCCACUACAGUGUGGACACUGGGGUUCAUCCUGUAUGAAAUGCUGUGUGGGGAAUGCCCUUCAUCACACGACCGUCACAUGAUCGCUGUGGACCUCUGGAGCAGACCUGGCUUGUCAAAAGAAUGCUGCCAGAUGAUUUCGGAUUGUCUGCAGCCUGAUCCACAGAAGAGACUCAGACUGGAUAAGAUGCAUCUCCAUGAAUGGUUUAAGGUCACGGAGUAACCUCAAAAAAAGAACACAAAGAGCCUCAAAAAAAUAAAAAAAACCUCCUCUCACAGCCGUCGUGUUGUUUUGAGUCUUUAGUCAGCUUUGUGUCUGGUGGUGGUCUGUCAAGAGUGG